CAAAAAUCAGAACACAUCCGAGACCACAGAACUAUACGGGAGACAUCCUCCUCCAAGUUCAAUCAGCUAAAAGCGAAGACAGAGAGAAGCAGAAGGAGAAGACGAAAUCGCCAUUGAAAUGGCUCUCAAAGCUUCACCAGUCGCCGGAUUAUUCCCUCCUCUCCGUCCUACUGCUUCAUCUUCCCCUUCGACUUCUAAUCGUCCUUGUUCUCUCAGGGUUUUACCCCUCAGACCAUCCUUCUUCGGUAACUCAAGUGGAUCGCUGAGAGUGAACGAGCUGAGGUUAGCUUGCGCGAAUAGACUCAAGUGCAACGGUCAUGGUGGUGCUACGAUGAAUCUUUUUGAACGGUUUUCUAGAGUGGUCAAGUCAUAUGCAAAUGCACUCAUAAGCUCCUUUGAAGACCCGGAGAAAAUCCUGGAGCAAACUGUCAUUGAAAUGAAUAGUGAUUUGACAAAGAUGCGUCAAGCCACUGCACAGGUUUUAGCAUCACAAAAGCAGUUGCAGAACAAAUAUAAAGCUGCACAGCAAUCUUCUGAUGAUUGGUACAAAAGGGCACAACUUGCUCUUGCAAAAGGAGAUGAGGAUCUCGCACGUGAAGCCCUUAAACGUCGAAAGUCUUUUGCUGACAACGCUAGUGCUCUGAAAACUCAACUAGAUCAACAAAAAGGUGUUGUCGACAAUCUUGUUUCGAAUACAAGGCUCUUGGAGAGCAAGAUACAAGAGGCAAAAGCGAAGAAAGAUACGCUCCUUGCACGCGCUCGAACUGCCAAGACUGCAACAAAAGUGCAAGAGAUGAUAGGGACAGUAAAUACAAGCGGUGCUCUUUCAGCUUUCGAAAAAAUGGAGGAGAAAGUGAUGGCUAUGGAGUCUGAAGCAGAUGCACUUACUCAGAUUGGAACUGAUGAACUCGAGGGGAAGUUUCAAAUGCUUGAGACUUCAUCUGUGGAUGAUGAUCUCGCAGACUUGAAGAAAGAGUUGUCCGGAAGCUCAAAGAAAGGAGAGCUUCCUCCAGGCAGAAGCACUGUCUCAGCUAGCACAAGAUACCCUUUCAAGGACUCAGAAAUCGAGAAUGAGUUAAACGAACUACGCAGGAAAGCUAACGAUUUUUAGGCAUCGGCUGUUCCCGGGUUGUUACUGGGUGACAUUUUGUCUGUAAACUAUCUUGUGUCUUGUAAAAGACACCAAAAGCAUGUGUCGGUAAAUAUCCAGCUAUCUAAUCCCCAUUUAUAGUUUGGUUAAGUUGGUAUUUUCAUCAAAACCCCAUGGGUUUAGUAAGCUAUUUGUUUCUUCUACACCACAGAAGAGCAUUUGAUC